CCUAGCUUUGAUAUAUGCUUAUGACAUCCUCCUUGAAGAAAUCGUGUGUAAAUAGUUAAUAGCUAAUUCUUUUUUAACAAUUUCAUUAAACUCAAUUAUUUUUUUUGCUAUAACAAGUACAGAAGGUAUAAUGAAGGGUCUAUCGCUCACACGCUUUUUAAAUUCAAGAAACUGCUAUCGGCCGACGCUUAUAAGGUCUUUUAGCGAUAAUAACGAUAAUAGAACAGAACAUCCUCAUCCAAUUCAGCGCACAUUUAAACUUCUCCGGAACGAUAUGCGUAAAAUCAAAAAAUUCUUGACUCCCUCAAUUAAACAACAUGAGGAGGUUGAGGAGGAAAAAACGCAUGUGGGAAUUACUGAUGAAAAUGAGUUCCAGACACAUUGUGAUGUUCUAGUAAUUGGGGGAAGAGGUGUUGGAGCUUCUAUAGCGUACUGGUUAAAAAAAAAAGCCCGCGAUGGACUAAAUGUUGUUGUUAUUGAACGUGACUAUCCUCUUUUAAAUAACAAGGCUUGUUUAACGCUACCUGUGGGUGGCUUGCAUCAGCAGUUUCUUUUGCCUGAAAAUAUUGAAAUGGCUCUUUACGGAGCAGAGUUUAUGAGGAAUUCAAAAGAGAAGUUGGGCGUUGAUGUAAACUUUGACCCACAAGGAUUUCUUACCUUGGCUUCUGAGGAAAACGCGGAAACUCUCAAAAGAAUGUCACAGAUACAAAAUGAAUUUGGGGCUCGGACUGAAAUUCUAACCCCAGAGCGUCUCAAGGUAAAAUAUCCCUGGCUAAACGUGGAAGAUGUAGCCCUUGGGUGUCAAGGACUCGAAAGACAUGGUUGGUUUGAUGCAAACAAUUUGUUAUUUGGCUUAAGAAGUAGAGCCAGCGAUUAUGGUGCACAUUUUAUAAAAGCGGAAUUAAUAGAUUUUGAAUUUCAAAGUGACACAGAUGUUGUUGUGGAAAGUGGAACCACAGUAAAUACGUACCGAGCUUUGGACAAAGCAAUAGUAAAAACUCCCAAUGGCGAUACGCGCACUAUAAAAUUUGCGAUUUGCGUACUUGCUGCUGGAUCUAAUUCCGAGCAAAUUGCUCGAUUGGCUAAAAUUGGUACAGGUCCUGGCAUUUUAAAAGUUCCACUACCAAUUCAACGCCGCAACUGUUGUAGUCAUAUUUUAAGUACUGAUGCCAUUAACACACCAGGUCUGGGAACCCCAUGUAUAGUUGAUUUGAAUGGUUUAUAUUUUCGAAGAGACGGAUUAACUGGUAAUUAUAUUGCGGGACUUACCAAUUGCACAGAUUCAAAUAAUGAAAAUGUACCUGAACAAAACCAUUUUGAAAACAAUGUUCUGCAACAUUUAAUGCAUAGAAUGAAAACAUUUAAGAAGCCACAUGUCAUCGAAACUUGGGAAAGUUUUUAUGAAUACAACGUUUUUGAUGAAAAUGGUAUUCUCGGGCCACAUUCUUAUUACAACAAUCUUUACAUUGCGACUGGAUUUUCUGCUCUCGGCCUACAGCAAUCGCCUGCAGUAGGAAGAGCUAUUUCUGAACUAAUAAUAGACGGACAGUUUCGAACAAUAGAUUUAACGAGGUUUGGUUUUGAUAGAAUCAUUCUAGAUCAACCGAUAUUCGACUAUGCCUUUAUGUAACUUAUUCAUAUUUUGGAACUAUGUAUAUAUGUAUCAUACAUACAUAUGUAUAUCAUAACCAUGUUUAUAGUCGAAAAACGACCCAAUGUUCAAUGCUACUUUAUGUAUAAUGCGUAUAAAAAAUUAGUACUUUUCUUUAAAUAUAAUAUAUUAAUUGGAUACUUUGUAUUAUGGGAAAUGUGAAUAGAAAGAUAGAUUUUUUUUAUUUAGAUGCGAUUCUAAGCAGCAGUAGUUCAAAAGUUGUUAUAAAAAUCAAGAAAAUUAAAUGAAAUCCGAUUUUGUCUAGACUCAUGAAGAUCUGCUUGAUCAUGAGGAUCCGAUGUUAGGAUUAUUAAUGUUAUACCCACUUACCAAGCCCUGUCUUGUUCAUUUUGUUCAUUAAUUCUCAUCGCCGUUGUUGUCUAACGGUAAACCUAAGUAGUUUACUAUUCCAAAAACGUAAGACCAAAGAACAGAAUACGGUCAUUGGUAUUGGAGGGAAGUUAUUUAAAGCGGUAAUAAUUUUUGGAUGGUAUAAUAUCGCCCAUUAGACUAGUUAUUUUUAAGUCAAUUACAUUUAAUAUAUUUAAUAAAAAUACACAAUGUGAUUACAUUCAAAUAAACACAGAGAAUUCAAAGCUCCAUA